CGGCACUGAGUGCGGUGCUGAGGGAGCCAGCACCGGGGAGCAGCCAGCGCGGAUCCGGUGGAGGGACACCUCGAGGCCCGCACCCGUCCUGGGGGCCAGCCCUCCCCCUGGUGCAGCGGCGACGCGAGAGGCCCUGGGAGAAACCGGGCUGGGAUGCCGGCCGCGUGAGCUCCUGCGACAGGAUGGAGGAAGAGGAGCUGGAAUGUCCAGACUCCUCGUCGGAAAAACGCUAUUUCCCCGAAUCUCUGGAUUCCAGCGACGGCGAGGAGGAGGGCCUCCUGGCCUGUGAGGACCUGGAACUGAACCCGUUCGACGGGCUGCCGUACUCCUCCCGGUACUACAAGCUCCUGCGCGAGAGAGAGGCCCUUCCCAUCUGGACGGAAAAGUACUCCUUCAUGGAGAACCUGCUCCAGAGUCAGGUGGUGAUCGUUUCCGGAGACGCCAAGUGCGGGAAGAGCUCCCAGGUGCCGCAGUGGUGCGCCGAGUACUGCCUCUCCGUCCACUACCAGCACGGGGGCGUGGUGUGCACGCAGGCGCACAAGCAGCCCACCGUCCAGCUUGCCCUGCGCGUGGCGGACGAAAUGGAUGUCAACAUUGGCCACGAGGUCGGCUACGUGAUCCCGUUUGAGAACUGCUGCACCAGCGAGACGAUCCUGAGGUACUGCACUGAUGACAUGCUGCAGCGGGAGAUGAUGUCCAGCCCCUUCCUGGCCAGCUACGGCGUCAUCGUCCUGGACGACAUCCAGGAGAGAAGCAUUGCCACCGACGUGCUGCUCGGCCUUCUCAAAGGCGUCUUGCUGGCGAGGCCGGAGCUGAAGCUCGUCAUUAACACCCCGCCCCUGCUGCUCAGCAAACUCAGCGCUCACUACGGCGACGUGCCGCUCGUGGAGGUGCCCAGCAGGCGCCCCGUGGAGGUGGUGCACCUCAGCGGGGCUCCGGAGGCGGCUCUGGAGUCUGUUUUGCGCCUCAUCCUGGAAAUUCACCACUCGGGCGAGAAGGGCGACAUUGUCGUCUUCCUGGCCUGUGAACAAGAUAUUGAAAAAGCCUACGAAACCGUCUGUCGAGAAGGCUGUCACCCUGACGCAGACCACGGCGAGCUGGUGGUGGUGCCUUUGUACCCGAGAGAGAAGUGUGCGCUGUUCAAGCCAAACGACGAGACAGAGAGAAGCUGCCCAGCCCCUCAGCGGCGAGUGGUGCUGACCGCCAGCCCCGGGGAGGCCCUGAUCGGGAGCAGCUCGGUCCGCUUUGUGAUCGACGUGGGUGUGGAGAGGAGGAAGGUGUACAACCCGCGCAUCCGGGCGAGCUCACGGGUCAGGCAGCCCAUCAGCCAAAGCCAAGCGGAGGCGCGCAAGCAGAUCCUCAGCUCGUCGUCAGGAAAGCUGUUCUGUCUGUACUCGGAGGAGUUUGCCUCCAAGGACAUGCGGCCGCUGAAGCCGGCGGAAGUGCAGGCGGCCAACCUGACGAGCAUGGUGCUCUUCAUGAAGCGCAUCGCCAUCGCGGGCCUGGGCCACUGCGACCUCCUCAACAGACCAGCCCCCGAGAGCCUGAUGCAGGCCCUGGAGGACCUGGACUACCUGGCGGCGCUGGACAACGACGGGAACCUGUCGGAGUUUGGAAUCAUCAUGUCCGAGUUCCCCCUGGACCCACAACUCUCCAAGUCGAUCCUCGCGUCCUGCGAGUUUGACUGUGUAGACGAGAUGCUGACCAUCGCUGCCAUGGUAACAGCGCCCAGCUGCUUCUCGCAUCUGCCGCGUGGAGCUGAGGAGGCUGCCCUGACUUGUUGGAAGACAUUUCUACAUCCCGAAGGCGAUCACUUUACCCUCAUCAACGUUUACAAGGCCUACCAGGACGCAGCUCUGAGCUCCGCCAGCGAGCACUGCGUGGAGAAGUGGUGCCACGAGCGCUUCCUGAACUGCGCCGCCCUGAGGAUGGCGGGCGCCGUCCGCGCCGAGCUCGUGGACAUCGUCCGGCGGAUCGAGCUGCCCUACGCCGAGCCCGCGUUCGGCUCCCAGGAGAACACGCUGAACAUCAAGAAGGCCCUGCUGUCCGGCUUCUUCAUGCAGAUCGCUCGGGACGUGGACGGGUCGGGCAACUACCUGAUGCUGACGCACAAGCAGGUGGCGCAGCUGCACCCGCUGUCCAGCUACUCGCUCAGCAGGAAGACGCCCGAGUGGGUCCUCUUCCACAAGUUCAGCAUCUGCGAGAACAACUACAUCAGGAUCACCUCUGAGACCUCCCCGGAGCUGUUUGUGCAGCUGGCGCCCCAGUACUACUUCAGCAACCUGCCCCCCAGCGAGAGCAAGGACAUCCUGCAGCAAGCCAUGGACCGCCUGGCCCCCGCCCCCGCCACGAAAGGAGAGCAGACGCCCUGCGAGAAGUGCCCUGAAACUACUGAACAACGGUGCGCCCUGCAGUGACGCCUCAGGAGCUCCCAGAGCGCCACGAACCCCCAGUCGGCCUGUGGGGCCGGCGCCGGGCAGCGACUCACGGGAGGACAGCCUCUGAGCCACACAGGAGUCUUGAAACAAACUAAUACUUUGUAUAUUAUUUAAAAAUAAAAUAUAGACGUUUUUAUUGAGUUCUUUCAA